AUGAAGUUCACCACCUUCUCUCUCCUGUUGGCCGCCGGCACUGCCCUGGCCAGCCCCGCCAACGUCCGAAGCGAAUCCCUGAAAAUCUCCGAGUUCACAGCAAACGCUUCGAAGGACGGCACGGCCAACUUACACUUCUCUCUCACCGACCCCAACUACCCUAGGGACACCCCGACUGACUGUAACGUUAUCUGGGCCUGGAACUCGGUGCCCGACGAGAAUGCCCGCUGCCUCGGUGGCAACUACUAUAUCCGGUUCCCUAAUGGAAUCAACCAAUUCAGCAAAUUCACCAUCGAGCUCGAACGCGUUUCUGGUUCAAUAAAGGAGAUAGGCCAGGCGUCGUUCAGCGACAGUGCCCCCGGCACCAAGUGGGAGUGCAAGGAGAACCCUAUGGAAGGUGUUAUUAAGCGCUGCAACUACAAUGGUAUUAUGGAGGUCAAGGUCUGA